AGAACAGGUGCCGAACGCAAGGGCUCAGACUUGAGCUCCUUAUGGUUGGCUGUGGUCAGCUCUAACUUGACCCUGACUUGCGUAAAGUUUGCCAUUUCGUGUGUAUUUGUGUUUGGUGGGAGGUGGUAUUGGUGUUGUUCUUCAGUAGAAUCGUACUUUGAAAACUAUCAGUGGGGGGAGGCGCCUAGGGAGGUCAGGGAGGGCGCUCCCCCUAACUGAGUGAGGGGCACGUGGGGAAGUGUCACCUGGUGGAGUUGGAUUGUGCCUCUCACUAUCCCUGUCAAUGUAUAAAGGGAAGGACUCGGCCGAUCGUCGCCGAGUAAUGCCUGCCGACCAUCGUAACUCAGAGAACAAGGGGCCACCUCCUCCUCUGCCACCCAAGAACAUUCCAUCCGUCACGGUCACCAGCGACUCUUCGUUUCACCAGUCCAUGCCUGGUGAACCGGACAGCCCUGAACCCCAGGAAUAUCAAGAUCAGUCUGACUACGACGACCAAGCUGACGAUAAUUGCAAAGAUCAACGAUCGUCGACUGCAGUUGAACACUGUGAGCGCCCCGAUGGGCUCAGUGAACAGCUGAGCGAGAAGCUGAGCGCUCUGCUCAUCAAGCAGCUGAGUGGAGGCCAGGAGAGUGGCGUUGAGUGUGAGUGUGGAGCGCUCGAGGACUGGAGUAGCGACGAGGGCAGUGCAAGCAUGGCGGACGAUGAAGUCCUUUUCGAUGAAGUCUACGACGUGCAUGAGAUCAUCGGCAAAGGGCCCUUUUCGCUGGUGCGGCGAUGUGUGCACCGCGAGACCGGCCAGCAGUUCGCCGUCAAAAUCGUCGACGUUGCGAAGUUCACGUCCGCCCCUGGCCUUUCGAUUAAUGAUCUGAAGCGAGAAGCGACGAUCUGCCAUAUGCUCAAGCACGAGCACAUAGUAGAGCUGCUCGAGACGUACUCGUCAGAAGGCAUGCUCUACAUGGUCUUCGAAUACAUGGACGGUGCAGAUCUGUGCUUUGAGAUCGUCAAGAGAGCGAUGUCUGGCUUCGUUUACAGCGAGGCAGUGGCGAGCCACUACAUGCGCCAGGUGCUGGAGGCGCUGCUGUACUGCCACGACAACAACAUCCUACACCGAGACAUCAAGCCUCACUGCGUGUUGCUCGCUAGCACCGAGAACAACGCCCCCGUCAAACUGGGGGGCUUUGGUGUGGCCAUACAACUUCAGGAGGGCGAGCUUGUCGACGGAGUUGUGGACCAGUACAACUUCAACUCUGCCGGACGCAUCGGCACGCCGCACUUCAUGGCACCCGAAGUGGUGGAGCGACAACCCUACGGCAAGCCUGUGGACGUAUGGAGUGCGGGGGUGCUGCUGCAUACGCUGCUCUCAGGCACGCUUCCCUUCAUGGGCACCAAGGACAGGCUCUACGAUGCCAUCUGCCAGGCCAAUCUCAACCAGCUGAACAACAGGCUGUGGGAGUGCGUUAGUGAGACAGCCAAGGAGCUCGUACGGAGGAUGCUUUGCUACGAUCCUGUCGACCGCAUAACCAUCAGGGAGGCCCUCAACCAUCGCUGGAUCAGGGAGCGUGACAAGUACGCACCACGUACACAUCUUCACCUGACGGUGGAAGAGAUGCGUAAGAUGAACGCCCGUCGUAAGCUGAAGGGGGCGGUGCUGGCGGCAGUGAGCAGCUACCGCUGGGGCAUGUACUACAGCCCCUCUGCCGGCGACCUCGGUUUCGAGUCAUACCAGGAGGCUUCGCCCCCUCACCACGGGGACGACCUCAAUAGCACCGGGGAAGAGCAGAACGCCGUGGCUGUCAUCCUGGACUCGCUGGAUGACAUCCAGUGCCUCCAGGACUGCCCAAUACGUGACCGGAGUCAGCUGCUCGCGCUGCUGGAGGAUGAUCAACUACACUCACUGCUUGAUCUAUACGACCGCAUCCACAGCGUCGGCGUCACGGCCAACAAGCAGGACGUGGUGCCAGUGGCACGAGAAGUCGCUGAGAUGCUCGCCGAGCUGGACCACACACCCUACUUGGAGGUGGACGAGCUCAGGGAGCUGCUCAGUGCACCACACUUCAGGGCAUUGCUGCAGGCGCACGAUGUGGUGGCUCACGAGGUGUACGGAGAAGACGCCGUCAGAGUGACACCUCCACCCAUACUGCCGUUCCUUAACGGGGGCGAGGAGCUCGAGUCCAACAGCGGCGACAUGGACAUGGACAAUGUCACCAGGGUGCGACUUGUCCAGUUCCAGAAGAACAGCGAUGAGCCAAUGGGCAUCACGCUGAAGAUGAACGAGGAGGGACGCUGCAUAGUAGCGCGUAUCAUGCACGGUGGCAUGAUACAUCGCCAGGCGACCCUGCAUGUCGGCGACGAGAUCAGGGAGAUCAACGGCGUGCCUGUAGCCAACCAGACCGUCGAUGCGCUGCAGAAGAUGCUGCGGGAGGCCCGAGGCUCCGUUACCUUCAAGAUCGUCCCCUCGUACCGCAGCGCACCGCCUCCCUGCGAGCGCAUGGCAAAUCAACAACGCAGCAGCAGCAGCGUAUGGCAAGUCAGCAAAGCACAAGCAGCAGCGCAUGGCAAGUCAGCAACGCAACAGCAGCAGCUUAUGGCAAGUCAGCAAGGCACCAGCAGCAGCGCAUGGCAAGUCAGCAACGCAGCAGCAGCAGCGUAUGGCAAGUCAACAACCCAGCAGCAGCAGCGCAUGGCAAGUCAGCAACGCAGCAGCAGCGCAUGGCAAGUCAGCAACGCACCAGCAGCAGCAGCAGCGCAUGACAAGUCAGCAACGCAGCAGCAGCAGCGUAUGGCAAGUCAGCAACGCAGCAGCAGCAGCGUAUGGCAAGUCAGCAAGGCACAAGCAGCAGCGCAUGGCAAGUCAGCAACACAGCAGCAGCAGCGCAUGACAAUAUUCCGUACCGGCGAUAUCCUCCAGAUCAUCUCGAAGGAUGACCACAACUGGUGGCAGGCGAAGAAGGAUCCCAGCGGCACAGCAGGACUCAUCCCGUCGCCUGAGCUGCAGGAGUGGCGGACAGCCUGCCUAGCUAUGGAGAAGGGCAAGCGGGAGCAGGUCAACUGCUCAUUCUUCGGCCGGAAAAAGAAGCAACACAAAGACAAAUACGUUGCCAAGCACAACGCCGUCUUUGAUCAACUCGACCUCGUUACUUACGAAGAAGUUAUCCGAUUACCAUCUUACCGACGCAAGACGCUGGUGCUGCUCGGUGCUCACGGAGUUGGCCGAAGACACAUCAAAAACACCCUCAUCGCUUCGCAUCCUGAUAGCUAUGCCUAUCCUAUACCGCAUACGACGCGUCAGCCGCGUAAGGAGGAAGAGAACGGCAAGAAUUACUAUUUCGUGUCACAUGACGAGAUGAUGGCCGACAUCGCUGCUAACGAAUACCUCGAGUACGGAACCCACGAGGAUGCCAUGUACGGCACGAAGCUUGAAACCAUCCGCAAGAUCCACCACGAAGGCCGCAUGGCCAUCCUUGACGUAGAGCCUCAGGCGCUCAAGAUACUCCGGACGGCAGAGUUCGCGCCCUACGUCGUCUUCAUCGCUGCACCGUCGCUACAAAACAUGACUGAUUACGACGGUUCUCUGGAGCGUUUGGCGAAGGAAUCAGACCUGCUAAAGCAGGCGUACGGCCACUUCUUCGACCUGACGAUCGUGAACAACGACAUCGAGGAGACCAUUCGGCAGCUGGAGAAAGCUCUGGACACGAUGAGCGAUACUCCCCAGUGGGUGCCGGUCUCUUGGGUUUACUGACACCCCGCCCCUCAGCGCGACUCCCCGUCAGAUUGCCACUGCUGCGGCACCUCCAGAGGCAAGGAGGCGGCGCAGAGCUCGCGUAAACAACAUCCUCACAGGAGGUGAUCUCUGCUCAACUCUGUCUCAUCCUGCAGCUGCUCGCUGGCGCCGCUCUCUUCAGCAACGUGCCCCCCACACCUCUUAGCUCUUAUAAUUAUUAUAACUCCAAUGAUGCUUAAGGAGGGUAAUCCUAAUGAUAAAAGUAGGAGUUUUUCAAGGUGUGAUUGUUUACUAUUAAUAAUGUUAGUGACGUCGGCCAUCGUGACUGUGUUCGUUCAAGAAGAAGACGCGAGUGCGUGUUUUUAUGUGAGUGAAAUAAGUAGCUCUAAAUGCUGCCGUCAAUACCGUGGUUUGUGAGCUGAAGCCGAAUUGCAGUUCUCAAAUCUUUAGAAAAAAAGUGAGCUUUGAGAGUUUACCUGGGUCUAUAUUACUAGUCAUUCUUUUCUGCGUGAAUGGAGUAAUUUGAUGGUCAUGUGAGUCAAUGACGAUGGCGAAAUCGUCUUUUUUAACGAGGAUGCAACGAGCGAUUCAUAACUUCCUUCUGGGUGAGACAAUAACAAAUGUUCAACUCAAAGAUGAUGUUGGUGAACAUCAAACUGUUCGGCUUACGUGGAAAUGAGGCGACUCCUCAAUAAUUAAAUUUUGCCGCUGGCCAAUACUUCAUCCAAUUUUUAUGAUCAUUUUUGCCAUCUUCCUCAUCAGCAGGCAAUAUGCGGCGUUCGCAACUCUUGAAAAAUGUAAUCCUGAGUAAUUUUUCUUCGAAAUCUAAACCUCCAUUCAUGGCUGCUUCUGAGAUGCCGCUACAUUUUUAAAAUCGAAGUUUUUAGUAAAGGUGAAUAAGACUAAAUGCCGUCGCUAAUUGGUUCAAUGUUAUUUGUAUAAAUAUAAAGGAAUUUUGUAACAGCCAACGGUGUAGUGUCAUCUCCGAAAAAUUCAUACUUAUGAUACUCGCAUUUAAAUCAUUUCAAAGAAGUGCUAGCUAUUGAUGCGUUAUAUCUUGUAAUAAUAAUAAUGUGAAAAGAGGCAGAGCUCUACAUAAUUUUUCUUGCGGGAUUUCUGACUUGGCUUCUGAUGUGAUUUAUUCUUGAAAUAUUUUUCACAUGACUAAAAAUUAAACUUUUUUUAGUAAUCGAACGUAUGUUGCUGAAUUCCGGCUCAAUAUAACUGUAGGAAAAUGCUAGGCUCCAUCCGCAAUUACGAGGAGGAAUUUAUAUAUCUUAACAUUAUUCGUAACUUUUCCAGAGUAGGUUUUUAGAAGCUGUGCGCAUACCUCAGUCCCCCCUCGGAAGCAAUCAUCUAGAAGUAUGAUUAUUGUCGGUGCUACGCGCGCCCAGUGUCGAGCCUUGCGUUCGAUCUCUGUAUAAAGCUGUAGCUCACCUAUAUUUUUGAAUUUAUCUAAUGAAGACGAAUUUCUGACGUGAGAAAACACAUCGCUAUCGUUAGCUCUUGUUCUGUGAAAUUCAAAGCUACUCUCGUAAUUGGCAGUAAAACACCGAGCGUCUUGCCCUACUUCCUCUUCUUUCCCUUGUAGUUUGCUGACUCUUCUACCGACUGGUAUACAGAAUACUGUCGGCAAACUGAUUUUUCGAAUAAAUAUAAUAGACCAAAUGUUAUCUAAACUGUCUUCAACAUAAAUCAUCAACGGGAUAUCCGGCGUGCGAAAUUUUAAAUCUCACUCGUGUUAAUAAUUGCCCGUGUGAACAUUUGUGAGUGAAGGGCUUCUGGAAACGCUGCUGAAAUGACUCGCAUAUUCUUCUCUUUGCAUUAGAGUGCAGACAUAAAAUGGAUUGGUUUUGAAUAAAUCAGCUCCCUUAAAUUCUUAUCUCUGUUCUAUAAUGACUUACAAUCAAUUUUUUGUUUAAUUCCCAUGUUUUCAAAACUCGAAAAUUAUUCUGACUAUUAAUAAUUAUUGCACUAAUGAGUUGAAAUAUUCUUGGGUGAGACCAAAUGUUUGGAUAAAUUUAUUUAAGUAUUUCUACAGUAUUUCCUGUUGUUUUUAAGUACGUUCAAUAUGACUUAGUUUAGCCGUCAUUUAUUACGUAAUGGCCUUGCCACAGCAUGGGUCAUGUCAUAAGACCGCCUUGUUGCGUGAGGCAGCACAAAAUACAUUUUUUCUACGGUAAGUUUUGCUGAUAGUUCGUAGCUUCGCUAGUAGUAAUGACUCUGUUCUUGAUUCUGUGUUCUAAUCUUAGCUUGAAGUGAGCGAUGUGUCCGGACAGUGGAUAUUGCCGAAUGUAUUAGUUUGAUAAUUUCAAGCUGCAAUGCUGCAGCUAAUUUUCAGUUGGUGCUAAUACUCAUUGCACCAUCAUGGUUUUCAUGCUAUGGUAUAACCUGUCUUUUUGUUAGCUGUAAAAUAAUUUCUGUUGUUUGCAAAUGGAAUUUUCUUGUUUGGAAACUUUGUUUGUAAAAGUUAUUUUUUUUUAUAUUUGUACAUGCUAUCUACUGUGAAUUGUUAUAUUCUUUUUGAAGAGGGUUCUGGUGCGUUGCGUCUAUUCCAAACGAACUUUGAUUUCUGACCAUAAUACUUUUAUUCGAGUUUUCAAUGCAUUUGUUUUGCUCCUGUCGUCGGUGGGUUUAAGAACAAUCAAAAUAAUUGUGAAAAAAGUGAUUCGUACAAAAUAGUGAGAAGUGAAUUGAAGUUUAUUUCUCAUAGUUUAUUUUAGACUGGACCUCGUGUGAUCGGAGGAAUGCAUCUUUACAGCGCUGGUCCCUAACCUACAGUCACGUUCCUGCAAUUCAAUUCUGUCCAGGCUUCGUGGAAUUUAGGUCUAACCUCGUUCCAUGUCUCUCCCCAAGAAAUCAAUUCAUAGCUUGUGUCUCAUCUCUCGUCAUAGAAAUUAUCCUGAAUUUCUAAACCAAGCAAGGAAGUUUGCAAAGCGUAAUACUUUGUAUGCAAUAAGUAUGGAAGUUGAUGUGUACAGUCGAUGUACGUAAGAAUGUAGGUGUGGAUGUGAAAUUCAGACUCGUCACCUCGAUGUGUCGCUGAUGAAAAGUUUUGUCUUGCGACUGCACUGGUGGCGCUGCUCACUUCGUUAUCAUUGCACCAAAUGGAGUUCUCGAUCUUUAUUCAAAGUAGAGUAAGUUUAAGUGGAAGGAAAUAGUGUGAUUACAUUUCGUUGUACCGCACAUCAGCAAUAUCCUAACGAGAGGAAUAGCUUUAAGUUACUCUGUAUCAUUCUGAUCGACUGAAAAAAUUCUAUAAAGGUAAUCUAAUAACAGCAUUUUUAUGUUCCUAUUUCUCUCUAUUCAAAAAAAAAAAAUUCUACCAACUCAUCUACUUCAUUUGUCCAUGCCGUGAAAUUUUUUUAUUAUUAACAAUGUUGCAGUAACUGUCAAAUUUCCCUCUGCGAGUCUAGUGCCAAAUUAUGAAAUGGUUACUGGCUGUUGAGAAAAAAAAUAGAAAACAGCAGAAACGAAAGGAUUUUUCUCUAUUGAAGUGGUAGUGCGUCAUUCCUUAUUGUUGUAUACUAUAAUGAAGUUUAUUCCACGAAGAGUAAUAAGAAUAUUAAUUAUAAAUGGUAGCUACAUUAAAUUAUACAAAAAUCUAGUGUAAGGCAUCUGAUGUUCCGUACUUUGUCAGGUUAUGUUGUACCAACCAUCGAGCUCGCCGGCUUCUAAAAACUUGAUUAUUCGAAACGCUCAAGUGCACAAUUACAACUUAUAUGAUUGUUCCAGGUCAGAUAGUCAGGUUGAGCUUCAACGAUCUUCUACUGAGGAACUUCGUCUUUUUCUAUCAUGUAUUUUAUUUCGAAGGCAUACUAUUUAUCCCCACUUCUGAACUUAGCACGUUACCAAGCUCCUAUUUCAACAACAGGCGCAACAAGUACAAGUUCCUCUCUCUUCACUAGACCUCCAAAUAAGAAUAAUCAAGGUUAUGAGAGUACUGUUUUUGGAGCAGAACCACACUCGCAAGUCGUGUACUUGGUGAACAACUGCAACAACUAAUCAUUGCUCUCAUUAAGCGCUAUCUCAAUUGUUCAAUUAUUCGAAUUCACAGUCCAUGAGUCUGCGAGAUCUUGAGGAAACCAUUUUAUUUAUAACUGAGAGCUAUUACUGCCAGUACGGAAAGCUAUGACUUCUAAUGUUUCGGCAACCUACGAGAAGUCAUGCUGGACUCAAGCCGAAGCUGUAGUGCUUCAUUCAUUUCUAGGAUGACGCUUGCAGCUCUCGCGACAAUAUACAGUAGACUAGUAAAUAUUACCGUUCCUUCAAAAACAUGAUCUUCUGCCGUUUUGUAAGCGAGUGCGCAUUUUGAAUGUCAGUGUCAUGCCGGGUACUCGAUUUAUUGUCCCGGAUGAUCUGCCGGACUCGCAGGCUCGGAUAUUCAUUGUGAACAAACAAUCAGAAUCUUGUUACCCCACUUAUUUACUGAAAUAAAAUCCCUACAUCUUCA